CUUAUUUGGAGAAUAAUAAUAAUAAAAAAAAACCAUUAUAGUGUUUAAGUGUCUCAUAUAAAUUUAAAAUCUUUUCGGAAUUAAGCAUUUUCCGAUUGUAUUUGCCUAUUUGUAUGAAGGAUUUGAUAACAUUGCGUAUAAGAUAUACACCGAAUUAUUCACUGAAUAAAUUUGAUACAUUACAUAUCAAAUUCUAUAAAAUGAGAGAAUUAAAAUUUGUGACCAAUUUAAAAACCCUUCUACGUAAACGAGCUUCAAAUCGUCAUUUUAUCUUCAGACAUUUAAAAUAAAUAAAUAAACAAAUUUUGCAUCCAAGUGAAAGGUUGUGAUAUUAUUGCUUACACUGCAAACUUACGAGAUCAAAUUGCGUGCAUUUGUCAAUAUAAGAUAGCAAAUCAUUUCAAUGUGGUAAUGGCUUCAACAUCUGAAGGCCUGGUGCCAAAUAUGCAGGAUAAUUUUCAAGACGUAGUGACCACAGAACAACCAAAGCAAGCCAUAAAACAGGUCCUCUUUCGCAAAAAUCGGAUUGAAGUUCGAGCCAAAGAAGAGAGUUCUUGGUGUCAAAGUAUUCCUUUCUUCGGAAGAAGGCGAAGCAAAAGAAUUGUGUCAGAAUUUGUUGAAGAGGAUAAUUCAGAAUGUGUUAAGGUUAUCAAGGAAUUUAAUAACGCAUUAGCUGUCUUCCGUGAUCAUCUGGUCCACAUUGCCAAACAGCAGGAUGGUCCCGAAAUCAGGGACCGAAUCCGGGAAACACGUAGAAAGUGCCUCGAACUUUGCGUUUCUGCAAAUGACAUUAUCAUGCCACAAAUCAAAAGUGAUGUUGCUGAUGGAAUACCUGUAGAUAGUCAACAAUUGGUCAACUUGGUUUGUUGCACUCAACUCUUUGUUAGAGAGCUGCACAAGUGCCAGAAUCUCGUCCAAGCCAAUCCCAUGGAUAUGACAGCAUUUUACGAAAAAAAGCCUCGAUCAUCUGGAGUAUCAGUUUUAGACAGAUUAGUUUUAUUCAAAAUACAACCGAGGGAUUACCAUAAAGAAGAAUUACAAAGUAUAACCAGAGAUGUCGAAAAAAUAACUGAUUUAUUGAAAGAAAUGAAGGAAUUUAUGCCAUGUGAAGGAACUGAUAAGCUGCUUUUGGAUGAAAAUUUUUUGCGUUGGAACAAACGAGCCAGGAAAAAUGUUUGCAGAUUCGCAGAAGACUGGAUCUGUUAUUGCGGUUCUAAUUUAGCUUAAAAAUGUUGACAAUACUCAUCAAAGUGUAUCAAAUUAACAACAUUAGUGAGAACAGUUUCAAUUUUAUAUACUUGUUUGAAUUUUAUGUAAGCCUUUUAAGGUGGUUAGCAAAUCAUGUUUACACUGCACUCUGAAUAUUCUACUUUUGCACUAAUAAACUAAUUAAUAAUA